AUGAAGAAUUCCCAUGCUUCUUUCUAUCAGUCUGACAUAGAUAACGACCUGGUUGGAGACUCCUGUGACACAAACCAAGACAGUGAUGGUGACGGUCACCAGGACACCAAGGACAACUGUCCUCUGGUGAUCAACAGCUCCCAGCUGGACAGUGACAAAGACGGGCUGGGAGACGAGUGUGACGAUGACGAUGACAACGAUGGGAUCCCGGAUAUUUUACCACCAGGACCAGACAACUGCAGGCUGGUGCCAAACCCUGAACAGAUUGAUGACAACAAUGACGGCAUUGGAGAUAUUUGUGAGUCGGACUUCGACCAGGACAAAGUGAUUGACAGGAUUGACAACUGUCCUGAGAAUGCAGAAGUUACUCUGACUGACUUCAGGGCUUAUCAGACGGUGGUCCUGGACCCUGAAGGCGAUGCUCAGAUUGACCCUAACUGGGUUGUCCUGAACCAGGGGAUGGAAAUUGUUCAGACUAUGAAUAGUGACCCAGGACUUGCUGUUGGUUACACUGCAUUCAGUGGAGUUGACUUUGAGGGGACGUUCCAUGUGAACACGGUUACCGACGACGACUACGCCGGCUUCAUCUUUGGCUACCAGGACUCGUCCUCCUUCUAUGUGGUGAUGUGGAAACAGACUGAACAAACCUACUGGCAGGCAACGCCUUUCAGAGCUGUGGCUGAACCCGGCAUUCAACUCAAGGCUGUGAAAUCUAAAUCAGGUCCAGGGGAACACUUAAGAAACUCACUGUGGCACACAGGAGACACCAACGACCAGGUGCGCCUGCUAUGGAAGGACCAAAGAAAUGUCGGCUGGAAGGAUAAAGUGUCCUACCGCUGGUACCUGCAGCACCGCCCCCAAAUUGGAUACAUCAGAGUACGGUUCUACGAGGGAACCGAACUGGUUGCGGACUCUGGUGUGACCAUUGACACGACCAUGCGGGGAGGACGACUCGGCGUGUUUUGUUUCUCCCAAGAAAACAUCAUCUGGUCUAACCUGAAGUAUCGCUGCAACGACACCAUCCCCGACGACUUCCAGGAGUUCAGCACCCAGCACACCAUCGACUCAAUCGUCUACUGAUGCGUGACAUCAGCUCUGCAAACGAUGCAUCUCUGUGUGGAUGUGUGUGUAUAUAUAUGUGUGUGGGGGGUGGUAUUUUUGUGUGUGUUUGUGUUUUGUACGUGCCAUUACAGUAACAUAUAUGACCUCAGUCAUGUUCUGUAUGUGCAUCAGUGUUGUUUUUUUAAACCAAAAUGUGUUUUCUUCUGUAAUCAUCUUUGAAAACACCCAGCUGAGAUGUGUAUUUUUUAAGUUAUACUGAUUUCCAUCAAGCGCAAAUAACAAAGUAACUAUGAAUGCAAUCAAAUGACAUUACAGCUUGCAAGGAGCACUAUAUUUGUUGAAUACUAAGAAAAUAAAGAUGUACUUAAUCUGAAAAAUCAAAAAACAGACGUGCAACAAAAACAGUUUUGACCCACAAAAAAAAAAAAAUGCUGUAAAUUCAAAUAAAAAAAAACUGGUUUUAUUGAACCCUAUAGUUCAGCAACACCCACAUCUAAAUGAGUUUAUCUUUGUCCCCCACAGAGAUCAAAAGAGGUCUUUGUGCCUGAAAAGAGAGCAAAAGCACAUUUGCCUGCUUCUCCAAUGUGCUUGCAAUAAUUUACAACAUUAUAGAUGUGUUUUCCUCGGGUCUCUGUUCAAAAUCUAACAAAACAAGUUGAAGAAAUAAUAAAAUCCUGCUGGUGCCA